AUACAGAGUGUAAUUAUUUAUUGGGGAAUAAAUCCCAGAUGGAAAAAGGACUUCUUUUUUUAGUACUAAAGCAAGUAGGCCAUUGUUCUUGUCCCAAAAAAAUCAGUACACUUGUGGGCUCUCUACUGCAUGUAGUUGGAGUCCCAAUGCAAGAAUCUUAAAUGGGUCACUGAGGAAACCCAACUUCUUGCGCUGCUUCCACCUAGGCAUCUUCUCAAACUCAAACAGAAAAAAGGGUGAAAAUAAGAGAUUUUUUGGUGCAAUCUUAGUUUACUCUCAGAUGGCUGGAUGUGAGCGGACAGCAGUGACUGGUGAUAUGAGAUCAGGGAAUAUGAUUUUUGAGCCUAUCCUGGAGGAUGGAGUUUUCCGUUUCGAUUGUUCCACAGAUGACAGAAAUGCUGCAUUUCCAAGUGUUUCUUUUGUCAACCCUGUGGAUAGAGAGACACCAAUAUCUAGUGAUCAUAGAGUUCCAUCAUAUAUUCCUACUUUUGUUUGUGUUCUUGGACAGCAGAUUGUUAAGAUUGAGUUUCCAUAUGGUACAUCUUUCUACGGAACAGGAGAGGUUAGUGGUCAGCUUGAACGAACAGGAAAGCGGGUAUUUUCGUGGAACACUGAUGCAUGGGGUUAUGGAGCUGGAACCACCUCCUUGUACCAAUCACAUCCUUGGGUGCUUGCUGUCCUUCCCGAUGGAGGGGCAAUUGGGGUACUUGCAGAUACGACAAGGCGUUGUGAGAUUGAUUUGCGCAAAGAAUCUAAUGUGAAGUUUAUCGCUCAACCCUCUUAUCCCAUUAUCACAUUCGGACCAUUUGCUUCACCAAUUGAUGUUCUGAUAUCCUUCUCCCAUGCAAUUGGCACUGUAUUUAUGCCCCCAAAAUGGUCGUUGGGUUAUCACCAAUGCCGUUGGAGCUAUGCCUCAGAUGCAAGAGUUCGUGAGAUCGCAAGGACAUUCCGGGAGAAAAAUAUUCCUUGUGACGUAAUUUGGAUGGAUAUAGACUAUAUGGAUGGUUUUCGCUGUUUCACUUUUGACAAGGAGCAAUUCCCUGAUCCCAAAUGUCUGGUUGACAGUCUUCAUCAGAAUGGUUUCAAAGCGAUCUGGAUGCUUGAUCCAGGGAUUAAAUUUGAAAAAGGUUAUUUUGUCUAUGAUAGUGGUUCAGAAAAAGAUAUUUGGAUUCAGACUGCAGAUGGGAAGCCUUUUGUAGGUGAAGUAUGGCCUGGCCCUUGUGUAUUUCCAGAUUUCACUCAGUCAAAAGCCCGCUCAUGGUGGGCUAAUCUUGUUAGAGAUUUCACCGCCAAUGGUGUAGAUGGUAUUUGGAAUGAUAUGAAUGAACCAGCUAUUUUCAAGACUGUAACAAAGACAAUGCCUGAGAACAACAUUCACAGGGGAGAUGAUGAACUCGGAGGUUGCCAGAUUCACUCACAUUAUCACAAUGUUUAUGGCAUGCUGAUGGCAAGGUCCACAUAUGAAGGCAUGAAAUUAGCUGAUCAAAAUAGACGUCCAUUUGUUCUUACCAGAGCUGGAUUUGUAGGUAGUCAAAGAUAUGCUGCUACAUGGACAGGAGACAAUGUUUCCACCUGGGAACACCUUGACAUGAGCAUCUCCAUGGUUCUUCAAUUGGGGCUCAGUGGUCAGCCACUUUCAGGGCCAGAUAUUGGUGGAUUUGCUGGUAAUGCAACGCCGAAACUCUUUGGAAGGUGGAUGGGUAUUGGGUCCUUGUUUCCAUUCUGUCGUGGGCAUUCUGAGGCUGAUACCAACGAUCACGAACCUUGGUCUUUUGGUGAGGAGUGUGAAGAAGUUUGCCGUCUAGCACUAAAGAGAAGAUACCGCCUUUUGCCACACAUAUACACCUUGUUUUAUGUGGCUCAUACAAAGGGUGUACCUGUGGCAACUCCCAUUCUUUUUGCCGAUCCAGAAGACCCCAAGCUAAGAACCCGUGAAGAUUCAUUUAUGCUGGGGCCUCUUCUCAUAUUAGCCAGCACUCAGCGUGACCAGGAAUUGGAUCAAACACAGCUGAGGUUGCCUAAAGGCAUUUGGUUGAGUUUUGACUUCGAAGAUUCACAUCCGGACUUACCAGCGUUGUAUCUAAAAGGUGGAUCAAUCAUCCCUGUUGGUCCUCCAUAUCAACAUGUUGGCGAAGCUAAUCUUACAGAUGACUUGUGCCUUCUUGUCGCCUUAGAUGAACAUGGUAAAGCUGAAGGUGUCCUUUUUGAGGAUGCUGGAGAUGGCUAUGAGUAUAGUAGAGGGGAAUAUCUUUUAACAACAUAUGUUGCCGAACUCCAGUCAUCAGUUGUCACAGUUAGUGUUUCCAAAACUGAUGGCUUGUGGAAAAGGCCAAAUCGUCACUUACAAGUGAAGUUAUUGCUUGGCAGAGGUUCUAUGCUUGAAGCGUGGGGCACCGAUGGAGAAACUAUGCAAAUUAUGUUGCCUUCAGAAAAUGAAGUGUCAAAUAUGGUGUUAGCAAGUGAAAAACGGCACAAAAGUCACAUGGAGAGUGCUAAAAGGAUACCAGAUGCGGAUAAUGUUCCUGGCCACAAAGGUGCAGAGCUAUCAAGGACUCCUAUUGUUCUGCAAAGUGGAGACUGGGUUCUUAAAGUUGUUCCUUGGAUUGGUGGUAGAAUUAUUUCAAUGGAGCAUGGUCCUUCAGGAACUCAGUGGCUUCACAGUAGGGUUGAGAUUAGUGGCUAUGAAGAGUAUAGUGGCACUGAAUACCGAUCUGCUGGAUGUACUGAGGAGUACUCUGUCAUUGAGCGGGAUCUGGAGCAGUCUGGGGAAAUUGAAUCUCUUAAGCUAGAAGGUGACAUCGGUGGUGGAUUAGUUCUUCAGAGGGAGAUAUCCUUCUCAAAAGAUGACCCUAAAGUUUUCCGAAUUGAGUCUGGAAUUGUAGCUCGGAAAGUUGGUGCUGGAUCGGGAGGAUACUCAAGGCUUGUAUGCUUGCGAGUGCAUCCUAGCUUUUCAUUGUUCCAUCCAACUGAAUCAUAUGUGGAGUUUACCUCCAUCGAUGGGUCCAAGCAUGAAAUCUGGCCAGAGUCUGGGGAGCAGUAUUUUGAGGGGGAUCUUCUCCCAAAUGGAGAAUGGAUGCUUGUAGAUAAAUGCCUCCGCUUGGCAUUAGUCAACCGGUUCAACAAGAAUGAAGUCUUCAAGUGUCUCGUACAUUGGGGUACUGGAACUGUUAAUCUAGAGCUUUGGUCUGAGCAAAGGCCUGUUUCAAAUCAAUCACCUCUUCAAAUAGCUCAUGAAUACGAGGUGAUAAGCAUAUCCUAAGCGUGAAUUGGAACUGGAAAGCCGUCGAGAAUUAUUAACCUAUGUCUCCAAUUGUGCACCGUUGUUGUUGUCUUCAAGCUCUACUUGGUCCUCCUUGUAAUAUAGAGGUCACUUUUCGUGGGUUGAGAAUUGGGAAUUUUCUCCCCUCAGCAUUCAGCUGUUGGCUGGAAUGAUCAGUAGCCUUAAAACAUGUAGGAUGCAACAAUAAGUCCAGUUUAUCAAUCAUUCAGUUGAGGAAAUAAUUGUGAGAAUCUAAUCAAAUUGAAAUGCAUUGGACAGAUUCAGAUACAA